CGGGGCUGUCCGGGGAGGCGCAGGAUGCGCGGGAGCCAAUGGGCACGCUCUGGGUAGCAGGGCUGGCGGCUGCGGCCGGCGGGGCGCGCACUCUCGGGAUGGAGGGCGAUUGCCGGGCACCUCAGGCGCGCUCCUCGGGCCUCCCGGCUGGGGGCGGCGGCGGGGAGAGCCCGGGGGGCGACGCACCCCUCCCCGGCAGCAGCGGCUCCUCCUCCCUCCUGCAGGCCGAGGUGCUGGAUCUGGACGAAGAUGAGGACGACCUGGAGGUAUUCAGUAAGGAUGCCUCAUUGAUGGACAUGAAUUCCUUCAGCCCUGUGAUGCCAACAUCCCCUUUAUCAAUGAUAAACCAAGUCAAGUUUGAAGAUGAGCCAGAUUUGAAAGAUCUUUUCAUUACAGUUGAUGAACCUGAAAGCCAUGUUACUACAAUUGAAACGUUCAUUACUUAUAGGAUUAUUACUAAGACGUCUCGUGGGGAAUUUGACUCCAGUGAAUUUGAAGUUAGGAGACGUUAUCAAGAUUUCCUUUGGUUGAAAGAAAGACUUGAAGAAGCACACCCCACUCUGAUUAUUCCACCAUUGCCAGAAAAGUUUAUAGUGAAAGGAAUGGUGGAACGCUUUAACGAUGACUUCAUUGAGACACGCAGGAAGGCAUUGCAUAAAUUUUUGAACCGAAUUGCUGAUCAUCCAACUCUAACAUUUAAUGAAGACUUUAAAGUUUUUCUUACUGCACAAGCUUGGGAACUCUCUUCUCACAAGAAGCAAGGGCCUGGAUUACUCAGCAGGAUGGGGCAGACGGUCAGAGCGGUUGCAUUAUCAAUGAGAGGAGUUAAAAGCCGCCCCGAGGAGUUCAUGGAAAUGAAUAACUUUAUUGAAAUAUUUAGCCAGAAAAUAAAUUUGAUAGAUAAAAUAUCUCAGAGAAUUUACAAGGAAGAAAGGGAAUAUUUUGAUGAAAUGAAAGAAUAUGGCCCAAUUCAUAUUCUGUGGUCAGCAUCAGAAGAAGAUCUGGCUGAUACUCUAAAAGGUGUUGCCAGCUGCAUUGACAAAUGCUGUAAGGCCACUGAAAAACGGAUGUCUGGACUCUCAGAGGCCCUGCUUCCUGUCGUACAUGAGUAUGUGCUUUAUAGUGAAAUGUUAAUGGGUGUCAUGAAAAGAAGAGAUCAAAUACAGGCAGAACUGGAUUCCAAAGUUGAAGCUUUGACCUCUAAAAAGGCAGAUACUGAUCUGCUUACGGAAGAGAUUGGAAAACUGGAAGAUAAAGUGGAGUGCGCUAAUAAUGCCUUGAAAGCAGAUUGGGAAAGAUGGAAACAAAACAUGCAAAAUGAUAUCAAGUCAGCAUUUACAGAUAUGGCUGAGGAGAAUAUCCACUAUUAUGAACAGUGCCUUGCUACAUGGGAAUCCUUCCUUACAUCACAGACAGAUCUCCACUUGGAAGAAGCCUCUGAAGAUAAAUCGUAAUCGCAUUGAAGACUUCUCUGUGAUCUUUGGGAGAUAACCAAGGUUAACCAAAGUUAUUCUUUCUGGAUGGGCUGGGUCCUUUCUAAAGUGGACGAAAAGUGUUUCACACUAUCUGGAAAACCAACAACUUAAAACUCAGGUGUUCCAGAGCAUUCAUAUGAAUUUGGAUGUAUAUAUACAUAUAUAUACAUAUAAAUAUUUAGCUUAGUUUUAACUAUGUUCUUAAAUUUGUAUACCAAUAAUUAUACAUUAAAAAUUUUUUUUUCUUAAAUAUUUGUCUGUGGAACAUGUCAUUUUCAAUAUAUUGUAAAGACUCGGUUUUAAUAAAAAGUUUAGUAUGAAAUGA